UGUGCAGCAAUGCCCCGCGCCAAAUGAGGCAGUGCCCAUAGCGGUUAUGCACCGGAAAAUUCCACGAGGCUCGAAGUGGGUCCGUCCGACAGUCAAUCGGGGCAAGGAGCACUCGGAACGCUGUCGCUGCCUGAAGAUGCAGGCAACAAGCUUAGUCUUGGGCCGAGAGCCUCGUCCUUCCCCUCAUCCAGCUGAACAAUUUGCACCUGGUUUUCUUUUCAGUUUUCCUCUGUGAUGCUGUGCUUUCCCGCCGCCAUACCGGUUGGCCCCAGGCCAUCCUCCGCCCGACUAGCGCUCCGCGAUCGAUGUCACUAUGGAUCGCGUUCGAGCAAAGCUAGGAGGCAGGAAGGCUGCCAAAUCGUCCGCCCACCACGACGAUGAUCGCGCGACCCCGCCCGAAGACUCCGACAGCAGACGAGCCAGAGACAUGGGCGAGGGGCGGUCGUCGGACAGCGCUGGCAGCAGCAGCGGCGGCGGCAGAGGCGGCGUGAUGGGUCUGACACAGCUUUGGCCCGACCCUGCAAUCGAGAGCAUCUCCAAGGUCGAGACGGAUGUCGAUGUUAUUGCGAUCCACGGCCUCGGCGGGCACCCGUUUAAGACCUGGUCCGAAGGAGAGAAGCUCUGGUUGCGCGACUUCUUGCCUUACAGCGCCUCUAAAACUCGCAUCAUGACGUUUGGGUACAAUUCGGCCGUCGCAUUUAGCGGGUCGAGGUCAACCAUCCGCGACUUUGCGAUUCAGCUGCUGGAGGACAUCAAGCAGGUCCGGCGCCGUGAUAAGGAGUCUGAACGGAAAAUCAUUUUUAUUUGCCACAGUCUAGGUGGAAUCGUUUUCAAACAGGCCCUAAUCGUCGCCCACGAGAAGGAAAUGCGCUAUCGUACCAUUGGAGACUCUGUGACCGGUGUUGUGUUUCUGGGCACGCCUCACCGGGGUGCCGACAUUGCAUACUGGACCAAGUUGCUAGCAAAGUUUGCCAAUGUCCCUCUCCUGGGUGGGAUACGGAAAGAUCUUCUCGGCAGUCUUGAGCCAAAGUCCAAGGAGCUCGGGACUAUAUGCGCGCAGUUUGUCGAGCGUGGCAUGAAGCUCCAGAUCUUCAGCCUCUAUGAACGGCAUAACUUACCCGGCUUAGGAUCCCUGGUCGUUGAUGACUUCUCUGCAAUUCUACAUCUCCCCAACGAGACCCCAAUUCCCAUUGACGCGGACCACCGGUCCAUGUGCCGGUAUCUGACCAGCUCGGAUCGCAACUAUCUGACUGUCGCUAACUGCAUCGGGGAGCUUAUUGACGCGACGUCGGGCCCAUCGACGCAAUCCUACGUCGAUGUCUCAGUCCGCAACUUCCUGUGGUUCUACCUGCGAGCUGUCGACGCCACCGCAAUCCUGGAGCGGAUUCCCGUGCACUGGGGGAAAUCAUCGCGUUGGUUCAUGGAACACCCCGAGUUCAAAUCCUGGACGACGCCUGCAGGACGUCAGGCAAUCUGGUUAUUCGGGCCGCCGGGGUCAGGGAAGACGGUGCUUCUGCGAAGUGUCAUUGCAUCCCUUUCGGCGCGUGCUGAUGACCGCGAAACAUCGGUGAUUUGCAAGCCCAUUUACUUCUUCUUUGACGACAAAGAUCCCUCCCGCAGAACCUCGGACACUUUCGUUCGGUCUGUUCUGAAGCAAAUCCUCGAAGACACCCGGACAAGCCACGUCUUUAGGUAUUUGGAGGGAUUCGAUUUCAAAACCACCGCGACAAAUGAAAAUGGGCUUUGGAAGUGUCUCUCCGCCAUCGUUGAAAAGUCUCGGGGCAUCAUGUUCCAACUGGUCAUCGAUGCAGUAGACGAGGUCAUGCGUCAUAGUGCUGGGUCUCCGGACAACAUUAUCGACAGGCUCCAGCGGCUGUUGGCUCUCGACCCGAGUGGUAGAUUGCGACUCAUGAUUUCCGAUAGGAGGCCUCCAUCCUAUGAAUUCUCCCGCGUUGCCGAUGUCGCACCUAUCAGCAUCGACAAUGACGACACGAAGAGUAGCGUUCAGGAAUGGGUCGAGGCACAAGUGCGCAAAAGUCUCGAGGCGUCAAAAGUCGCCUACUCCGCUGGGGAGCCCCUUGAAGAGAGGAUCAUGGACGUGUCGCAGUCGAAUUUUCUUUACGCCAGACUUGCCUGGGAACAAGCAAGUGCCGGCGUAAAAACUUGGUCACGACAACGAGUCAAGGAGGCCAUCGCUCGCUUGGAUACGGUGUCCCACGAUCUGAUUGAAGUAUAUUGCCGCCUGUUGAAGACCAUCCCCGCCACCUACAAGGAAAGGGCAAAGAUUGCGUUCACUGUGCUCCGGCUCUGCAGAGAGGGUCUCACCUUUGAACAACUCGCCUUCCUCGAAGCUCUGCACGGCGAGGAUUUCUCGAGACGGACUCCAACAAUUUCCGAGGUUCGGGCGAAGGCAGCAGAUCUCCGGCAGUACCUCUCGGAAGCUUGUGGAUACCUAGUCAGGGCUUCGAAGGAUGGCAUGGUCAACUUCACCCAUGUCUCUGUCAAGGACGUCUUUUCAGCCAACCUAGAAGACGUGCCGAAAGAGAACCGCAAGAUACUGACCGAUUUCUCCGUCUCAGAUCAGGCUGGCAACGCCAUAAUGCUAGACCUCUGACCCAGGCUUGACCUUCACCCGCGAUGAGCUGAAUGCGAGCGGGGCCUUGAGAAUCCGGAAGAAGAAACUGAUCACUGCGAUGGGUAAGACGCCCUGCUUCGUCUAUGGGAUUCGUCACUGGCUCGAGCACUACAUUUCCGGGUCUUCCGAUGGCAACACGUCUUUGGACAAAACCGUGACCCAAUUUGCGGCCAAGAGCACCGGUUACUUCAUCCACGUUCUUUGGGACAACCUGGACGUGGAUGAUGGACCCGUGGUUCUGAAAAAGCUGCCAGACACGCACUUGACGC